AUGAACUUUGUUUCUGGGUUGCUGAGGACCAGGAACAACCAUGACGCCAUUUUGGUGAUAAUGGACCAGUUGACCAAGGCUGCACACUUUCUUUCGAUCAACAUAAAGUAUAAGUUGGAGAAACUUGCAGACUUGUACGUCUCACCUGUGACUAGAGUUGGAAGAGCUCUGAAAUCUCGAAAGCUAUAUCCUAAGUUCAUUGGCUUAUUCGAAGUGCUGAGUAGAAUUGGUCUUGCAAUGUAUCAGAUAGCGUUACCUUCGAAUCUCUCAAACCUACAUCCGGUGUUCCAUGUGUCUCAACUCAGGAAGUAUGUGCCGGAUCCUUCUCACGUAAUCGAUCUAGAUUUGGCUCAAAUAAGAGAGAACUUGUCCUACGAUGUGUACCUGGUGAGGAUUGCGGAUCACCGUAUUAAACAAUUAAGGGGUAAGAAGAUCUCAUUGGUAAAGGUGAUAUAG